AUGAAGAGGAUGAGCCUUCAUCUUGGGACCCUCGACGACCACCGCCAGCAGGCACUGCACAAGCCCGGCUGGGUCACGCAUAGGUAUAGGCGGAUUGGGAAAUCUGAUCAAUAUGUAGGAACAGCUUGCAUGUAUUUCAAACGCUUUUACCUCAAUAACUCGGUGAUGGAGUAUCAUCCUCGGAUAAUAAUGCUAACAUGCGCAUUUUUGGCCUGUAAAGUAGAAGAAUUCAAUGUGUCCAGUGCACAGUUUGUUGGUAACCUUCGAGAAAGCCCUGUUGGACAGGAAAAAGCUCUUGAACAAAUACUGGAAUAUGAACUACUGCUUAUUCAGCAGCUGAACUUCCAUCUCAUCGUCCACAAUCCGUACAGGCCAUUUGAGGGAUUUCUAAUCGAUUUGAAGACUCGCUAUCCAGUGCUGGAGAAUCCUGAAGUUUUGAGGAAAGCAGCUGACGACUUCCUCAAUCGAGUGGCUCUGACAGAUGCGUAUCUGCUCUUUACUCCCUCGCAGAUAGCUCUCACUGCCAUACUAUCUAGUGGUUCAAGAGCAGGAAUUAAUAUGGAAAGUUAUUUAUCAGAAAGUCUUAUGCUGAAAGAAAACAGAACAACCUUAGCCAAGCUACUGGAUGGCAUGAAAUGUAUGAAAAAUCUCAUAAAGAAAUAUGAACUGCCAAGGCCUGAAGAGGUUGCUGCUCUAAAACAGAAAUUAGAGAAGUGUCACAGCUCGGAGCUUGCACUUAAUACAAACCUGAAGAAGAGGAGAGGUUUUGAAGAUGAUGAAUAUGUCACAAAGAAAUCUAAAAAGGAUGAGGAAGAGUGGACUGAUGAUGAUCUUGUGGAGUCGGUGUGA